CACGGGUGGUGUCGGGGCAUUUCUGCCUAUUCUCUCCUCUCUUUCUCACGCAGGGACCCCGAAGUUUCCACCAGAAAGGCCAUGGAGAACGGCGGUCCGGUGACCCAUGAGGCGGAGACGGUUUCCACCAUCACCAUUAAGGGGAUUCUGAGUUUAAUGAUGCAGAUCAUUGACGAAGAAAACGGAAAGAGGGUGAUUACUUUGGGUAUGGGUGACCCUACAGCUUAUUCUUGCUUUCUCACUCCUUCUGUCGUCCGUGAAGCUGCUGUGGAUGCCCUCCAAUCUAAUAAGUUCAAUGGUUAUGCCCCAACUGUUGGCCUUCUUCAAACAAGAAGGGCAAUUGCAGAAUAUCUGAAUCGUGAUCUUCCUUACAAGCUAUCACCCGAUGAUGUUUUCAUCACAUCUGGGUGCACACAAGCCAUUGAUGUUUCAUUGGCAAUGCUUGCCCGCCCUGGUGCAAACAUCUUACUUCCGCGCCCAGGGUUCCCAAUUUAUGAACUUAGUGCUGCCUUUAGACGUCUUCAAGUCCGGUACUUUGAUCUUCUUCCUGAGAAAGGUUGGGAAGUUGAUCUUGAUUCUGUUGAAGCUUUAGCAGAUCAGAAUACAGUUGCCAUGGUAAUCAUAAACCCUGGUAAUCCUUGUGGGAAUGUGUACUCGUACAAACAUUUAAAGAAGAUUGCAGAAACUGCAAACAAGCUUAAAAUUCUUGUCAUUGCUGAUGAAGUUUAUGGACACCUUACUUUUGGGCCUAAUCCAUUUGUGCCUAUGGGAGUUUUCGGCUCAACUGUUCCAGUCCUAACCCUUGGAUCUCUAUCAAAGAGAUGGAUAGUGCCUGGUUGGAGACUUGGUUGGUUUGUGACAAGUGAUCCAAAUGGCACGUUUAAAGAACCUAAGAUCAUCGAGCGUAUUAAGAAUUAUUUUGAUAUUUUGGGAGGACCUGCAACCUUUAUCCAGGCAGCAGUUCCACGUAUCAUUGAGCAUACUGAUGACGAGAUUUUCUUCAAGGAAACUAAUAACACACUGAAGCAGACAUCAGAUAUUUGCUGGGAAAUGAUGAAAGAGAUUCCUGGCAUUACUUGUCCCCACAAACCAGAGGGAUCUAUGGCUGUAAUGGUGAAACUAGAUCUUUCCAAUCUGAAAGACAUUAGUGAUGAUAUCGACUUCUGUUUUAGGCUGGCUAAAGAGGAAUCUGUCAUUGUUCUUCCUGGUACUGCAGUGGGGCUAAAAAACUGGCUUCGCAUCAUUUUUGCUUCUGAUCCAUCCUCUCUCAAAGAAGGUUUGGGAAGAAUCAAGUCAUUCUGUCAACGGCAUGUGAAGAUGUCACAAAUUUACUAGCAAAUUCUAGUUCUCCAACAAGGCUGCAUACUGCAGCAAACACAUCCACAUUAAUUCAUUUCAUCAUCAGUAAACAAGAAAGGAUCCUUAGAUAUAGUGGAGAGUUUGGAAAAAUAUUUCAUUUGAAAUUUAUAGAUUGUUCUUGGUGAUAUUCAUUGCAAAAUAAUGUACUGGACCUCAUUCAUUUCUUAUGCUCAGAAAUGAGGUUCAUGCUUCAAUAAAUCUUGUGCCUUCCCAGAAUUACAUGCUUCCAAAAUUAGCAAUAUCGUGACUUUAGCUCUUACAUUAACUUCUGUGUUGUACUUGGAACUUCUCAUGUCCAUGAGUUAAAAGGCAAUCUCGUGGGUUUAAAUACAAUAAAAACCCUUCUAUGUU